AAGUCCCGUGACAAAUUUUCAUUGGGAACUUUCUACGGUGAGGAAAGACUGAUGUUUCCUGCUUUCCUCACUCACUUAACCGUACGACUAUAGACAACUAAGUCCAGUUUGAGGAUUUAUUUAUGACCGAAACUGGGAAAAUGUUCGCCGUAACGACGAUUUAACAUCUUCAAAGCGAAAAAUCCUCAUCGGACCAACGGAAAUAUAUGAUCACCGGAUCAGAGGACUGUACGCAGUGACCCAGGAUGGGGACGGGCCAGUUGUAUACUUGAAGUCUUACCGUGAGGAAGACGCUUUACUUCAUGACCUUGCACCUUUGAAUAUCGACAGCCCCCAAGAUGGACGAGCAACCCAGUCUCCCCAACGUCAGCAUACCCUGCCACAACGAGCAGAGGGAGGGCAAGAAAAAGCGUUACACAGUUUACAAAGUGAUGGUUAAUGUAGGACAACAGGAGUGGUUUGUCUUCAGACGUUAUGCAGAGUUCGAUAAACUCUAUAACACAUUAAGGAAACAGUUUCCAUCUAUGAACUUGAAAAUUCCUGCUAAGAGGAUAUUUGGGGACAAUUUUGAACCUGAGUUCAUCAAGCAAAGAAGAGCAGGGCUGCAUGAGUUCAUCAAGCGAAUUGUCUCACAUCCUCAGCUUUGCAACCAUCCAGAUGUGAGGACCUUUCUGUUGAUGGACAAAAUGCAGAACUUUUCAGAUGCCUCAGAGGACGAAGAUGACAAAAACAACUCUACCUCCAGAAACAUUAACCUGGGGCCAUCUGGAAAUCCACAUGCCAAGCCCACAGACUUUGACUUUUUGAAAGUCAUAGGAAAGGGAAGUUUUGGGAAGGUUUUCCUUGCAAAACGAAGACAUGAUGGAAAGUAUUAUGCAGUCAAGGUUUUACAGAAAAAGGUCAUUCUCAACAGAAAAGAGCAAAAACACAUCAUGGCAGAGCGCAACGUGCUGCUGAAGAAUGUGAAACACCCUUUCCUGGUCGGGCUUCAUUAUUCCUUCCAGACCACAGACAAGUUAUACUUCAUCUUGGAUUUCGUCAACGGAGGAGAACUUUUCUUCCAUCUUCAAAAAGAGCGCACCUUUCCAGAGCCCAGAGCAAAGUUCUAUAUAGCGGAAAUGGCAAGUGCACUGGGAUAUCUGCAUUCUCUCAACAUUGUUUACAGAGACUUGAAGCCAGAAAACAUCCUCCUUGACCAUGAGGGGCAUAUCAUUUUGACAGACUUUGGAUUGUGCAAGGAAGGCAUUUCCCUGACAGAUACCACCACUACAUUCUGUGGUACACCUGAGUACUUGGCUCCAGAGGUCCUGAGGAAGCAGCCAUAUGAUAAUACAGUAGACUGGUGGUGUCUGGGUUCAGUGCUGUAUGAAAUGCUCUUCGGCCUGCCGCCAUUCUACAGCAGAGACACACAUGAAAUGUAUGACAACAUCCUCCACAAACCGUUGGUGAUGCGUCCUGGUGCGUCCAGCACAGCCUGGUCAAUCCUCCAGGGACUGCUGGAAAAAGACGGCACACACAGGCUGGGGUCGAGGGAUGACUUUAAUGAGAUCAAAGCACACAGCUUCUUCUCCUCCAUCAACUGGGAUGACCUCGAUCAGAAGAAGAUCCCUCCCCCAUUUACACCCAAUGUGAGCUCCUGCUGUGACAUCUCAAACUUCGAUCCAGAGUUCACAGAUGAGAUGGUCCCCAACUCCAUCUGCUGGUCUCAAGACCAUUCCAUAGUCAAUGCCAGUGUAAUGGAGGCAGACGAUGCGUUUGUGGGCUUCUCUUAUGCCCCAGCUUCUGAUGACUCUUUCCUAUGAAACAUUCCCCAUGAGGUCUUGGAUUGCCUUAACCAUCAUAACUUCUUUUGACUAAAGGGAAGAAAUUGUACCGUGGAUUAUAACUUGUUCUAUGAAACCAAAGCGAGAGGAUGAGACUAAACAGCACUUAAAACAUUUUGGUUGGAACAAAGCGUGCCAGAAAAGUCUUUAUUUUUUACCAAUUUGUAUUUAUAUAAAUAUGUAUACAUAACAGAUGAUAUUUUUAAGAAUUACGGACAGACAUCCUCUUGUUAAUGGUAUUUCUGGUGGUUUCUAAAAUGAGCCUCUUAAAGCCUUAAAUUUGUCCCUUUAAAUGAAAUCAAUAAGCAGUUUUCUGGAAAACUUGAACAAUUCACUGGACUUAAAAUCACACCAUUUGACUGCCAGAUGGAGGUGAGUUUGUCCAUGUAAUUACUGUAAAAAUACAUUGUAGCUAAACUGGAAAUAGGGAUUACUUGAGAGACCACCAAAUAAAGCAUUAUGGUUUAUAGGUCACAUUUGUAAACAAGAAAAAAUGUCUUCUACUUCUUCAUUUACCUUUCAGUUUGUCUUUAAAUAUUGAGUGAAUUGUUUUUUAUUGGACUGUGUUGUUUUUUUUCGCUAUUCUUCAGCUUAUCCCAUUUAUUCAUAACUGCAGAAAUUAAAAAUCCACCGUACUUUGCUUUGCAAUUAAAUAGGCUUAUAUUCCUGCACAAUAAUAAAAAAAUAUGUAAAAGAAAGUG